AUGCACGCCCCAAUCACCGCUAUGAUCUCGAGUGUCCUCGCUCUCACCGUCGCUGCGUAUCCUAGCGGCGGCGGAGCUCCCACCUCCACCUGGGGCAGCACCUCACCCACCGGCGUCCCCGCCUGUGCUGGCGCCAAAUACACAUGCAAAUCUAGCGACCUACUCGGGCUCCUUACAUGCACCAAUGUGUUGAAUGGGGUUGGCAUCAGUAUUCCUAUUAGUAUUGGCAAGCGUGAUGCUGAAGGAGCAAUUGAGGCGCGUACGGGUGGUGGCGAUAAGGAGGGCGAUUAUUGUUGUACGAGUGCGGGGUUGUUGACGUUGAGUUGCUUGAAUGUGGCGAAUGGGGUGCUGGUUUUGUUGCCGAUUAGUAUUGGUUAG